AUGCAGCGAUGGGCUGGCGACGGUCACUGUUUGAUUUUGGGUGAUUUCAAUGCGCUCCUAANGAGCGGACCAAUUCUCCAGGGACCUCCUCGAAGUAGCGAACCAGUUGACCCUGCAUCAGCAUUCCCGCGAGCCCAUCAGGAUCAAAGACUCAGCCAAGUCGGGUCUGGAUCUGGUGUUAUCCCCUCGAGCAUCGGGCGUCGACGGCAUUGA